ACAACUACAGCACAACCCCUUUUCCUCUGUUUUCAAUCUCACACAAACGCCUAUAUAAUAAGCAACCCCUGUUUCAUGAAACCAUCUCAAAACCAGAGCAAGAAACACACAAAACAGCCUUUCAAAAUGCUCUUUACUUGGUUUGUUUGAAGGGAAGCUAAUAAGAUCCACCAUUUCCACCCAAACUUACCUUCCCAUUUUCUCUACAUCUCAAUUCUCAACUUUCAGAUCAUUUUUCACUUCCCCCCUGUCCAAACAUUGAAAGUUUCUCUGGGUUUUCCUCCUGUGAGCUUCUGUAACUUUCAGUUUUCAACUUCAUCCAUUAAAGCCUGAAAUGGGUGUUGGUGGGACUCUUGAGUACUUAUCAGAUUUGGUGGGAAGUAGCCAUAAGCACAAGAAAAAGAAACAGCUUCAAACUGUGGAGCUGAAGGUAAGAAUGGACUGUGAUGGCUGUGAGCUCAAGGUCAAGAAUGCCCUCUCUUCACUCAGUGGGGUGAAAUCUGUGGAGAUAAACAGAAAGCAGCAGAAGGUGACAGUUACAGGGUAUGUUGAAGCAAGCAAGGUGCUUAAGAAGGCUAAGUCCACAGGGAAGAAGGCAGAGAUAUGGCCGUAUGUUCCCUACAGUUUAGUGGCGCAGCCUUACAUUGCGCAGGCUUAUGACAAGAAGGCACCACCAGGCUACGUUAGAAAUGUGGAGCAGACUGCCAUUACUGCUUCUGUUACCAAAUAUGAGGACCCUUACAUGAACAUGUUCAGCGAUGACAACCCAAAUGCCUGCUCUAUCAUGUAAUUCUAGUACAAGAAGUUCGUGUUUUGUAUCACUCUCUGUCUUUCUUCAGCUUAUUUUUUGUCAUCAGCUCAAUAAUUUGUAGUGGAAUCCUUUUAUGAAGAGAAAGGGUCAACUUGGGAUGACUGAUUAGAACAUUUGGGGUUGUUAGUUGUUAGUAGUGAUGUAAGAGAUUACUUUAUAUCUCUUGGUUUGAAGGAUGCAUGAUGUUGUAAUUUCUUGUUUGUGAGAUGACUUUGGUUUUCUCCA